UUUCUCCUCUUAUUGCUUUUAUUUUCAAAAUAAGUUCAUGAUAGGACUUUUAUGAAGUUUUAAGUAUUCUCAUUGUUAGCUCAAUCAUUCUCCAGUAUUGUUCCUACAGGUUUGUAUUGUAAGGGCUAUGAAGUGUUUCCAGUUCUCUAAUUCAGAUAAGAAUGAUGAUCAAAACAAGACUACGAAGUCGACAUCAGGACAGUCAUCAUCUGCCUCGGUUUCAAGUACAGAUCGCGAGUUGAAAGGAUCUGAAUACAGCUCGCAGCAUGUGUUAUCGGAUAUUAGCACUGAGUCCUCUUCAAGGCUUUCGUUUUCAUGUUUGUCUAAUAGAAAGCCUUGCAACCUUAGAGUCUUCACAGUUGAAGAAUUGAAGACCGCCACUAGGAACUUUAGCCGGUCCCUCAUGGUAGGAGAAGGCGGUUUUGGUGGUGUAUACAGGGGAGUUUUAAAGGACGCGAAAGAUUCCAACAUUGCGGUUAAACAACUCAGUCAGAGAGGCUUGCAGGGGCAUAAGGAAUGGGUUACUGAGGUGAGCGUCCUGGGUGUCGUUGAGCAUCCGAAUCUUGUCAAACUCAAGGGCUAUUGCGCACAGGACGAUGAGAGAGGAAUACAGCGUCUGCUGGUAUAUGAGUUCUUGCCCAACAAAAGCGUGCAGGAUCAUUUAAUGAGUCGUUUUAUGUCACCUUUGCCAUGGGAAAUAAGAUUAAGUAUUGCCCGCGAUGCUGCUAGAGGCUUGGCGUACCUUCACGAGGGAAUGGAGUUUCAGAUUAUCUUUAGAGAUUUCAAAUCGUCCAACAUUCUCUUGGAUGAGAAAUGGAAUGCAAAGCUUUCCGAUUUUGGCUUGGCCCGAUUAGGCCCUUCUGACGGAUUAAGCCAUGUCUCAACAGCGGUGGUGGGAACGGUUGGAUAUGCAGCUCCAGAAUACAUACAGACCGGGCGCCUAACUGCCAAGAGUGAUGUAUGGAGCUAUGGAGUGUUUCUAUACGAACUCAUUACAGGUAGGCGUCCGUUGGACAGAAAUAAACCUAAAAACGAGCAAAAACUACUCGAAUGGGUGAGACCACAUCUUACAGAAAUGAAGAAGUUUGAACAAAUUUUGGAUCCUCGAUUGGAUGGGAACUACUCGAUUAAAUCAGCUCAGAAGUUAGCUGCCAUAGCAACUAGGUGUUUAGUUAAACACCCGAGGAAUCGGCCAAAAAUGAGUGAGGUCUACGAGAUGGUGAAUCAGAUCGUGGAGGCCACGGCUGAAGCAAAAAGUCAUCCAGGGACGCCUGUAGAAGAAAGUUCAACGCGAAGCGUUGAGGAUGAGAAGUUCAGAGUAAGAUGUCUAAGUGCAAGCAGAAGGUUGGUAGAACACAGUACUUCUGGAGAAAACAAGUUGUUGGUAUGGAAAUUGUGGAAGCCUAAGCUUGUCAGUUCCAAUUGAGUGGCCGAAAUGAGUGGCUCUGUCGUACUUGUCUAUGCUACCUUCGGUUUUCGUGUGCAAAUGACUCAAAAUUGUAAAAAUGUUCUACUUUGAACAAUUAUAAGUUAUAUUGAGCAUAGUAAAUAUACAAAUGGCAAUGACCAAAUAUUAAAGUGAAUAUAAUACACAAUUUAUCACUCACAGAAAGGAUGUAACGACCAUAACCUUCAACUUGCACUAGGGGCGGAUCUAUGUAUAUGGGUGGUGGGGGUGUCACGGUACCCCCGCACACCUCGACUGAAACUUUGUAUACACUAAUUUAGUGUACGUAUAUAUACAUUAGUCAAUAAAAAGUAUAUUAUUCUCUUUA